AUGGCGGAACUCACCGAACCACCACAGCUUGAGCAGCCCACGGAUAGUAAGGAAACGGCUGUUGUAGAGGAAGAGAAGAUCAUAGAUCCAGACCAAACAGAAGAAAAAUGUUCAGAUGCAGAAACAAAGCAAGACGACCAAGAUGCAGAUAAAUCACCAGAACAAGCUGAACCGACAGAUGAAACCACUGGCCAUGUUGCAGCAAACGAGCCAGAUGUCCCGAUCGACUUUGUCACGAUGGGCAUGUUUAUAAUCGAUGACAUCGACUUUAUUCCCCCAACACCGCCUGUCAAGGAUAUUCUUGGUGGUGCUGGCACAUACUCAGCCCUUGGAGCUCGCCUGUUCUCUCCCCCACCUAAAUCCGCUUCUGUUGGCUGGAUUGUCGAUCAGGGCUCUGACUUUCCGCCCUCUCUCUCGACGCUCAUCGAUAGCUGGUCCACCUCGGCACUGUUCCGCCAUGACGAACUUCGACUGACUACCCGAGGUUGGAACGGAUAUGAAGGCACUGAUGAGAAGCGUGCAUUCAAAUAUCUGACUCCCAAGAAGCGCCUGACUGCUGAGGAUCUCACUCCGGCACUACUUCAGUCACGCUCAUUCCAUCUAAUAUGCUCCCCAAAUCGAUGUAGAGACCUCGUCUCCGAGAUCACCUCGCUUCGCAAGAAAGUUGUGCCUCCAGAGACGUACACAAAACCCAUCUUUAUUUGGGAACCCGUUCCCGACUUGUGUACCCCUGAUGAGCUGCUCAAUUGCACCAACUGUUUGCCCCUUGUCGACAUAUGCAGUCCUAACCAUGCCGAACUUGCGGGUUUCAUGGGCGACAGUGGUCUUGAUCCAGAAACGGGUGAGAUUUCCACCGUGGCUAUUGAGCGAGCCUGCGAGCAGCUACUGGCAAGCAUGCCUUUACAAUCCUUCACACUCGUGAUCCGUGCUGGCGAAAAGGGAUGCUACAUUGCGAAAAACGGAGGGCGAAAACGGGCUCGUGACCCCAAGACUACGAAGCGACGAAAGAAGGACUACGUGAGAGGAGGCCUGCAGCCGGAUACCGACAUGGAAGCUCUAUUUGCUGGUCUACUCCAGGAUGCUGACGGCUUUGUCGCCCGCGAAGAGAUCGAGGUUGAUCCCGGUAUCGAAAAAUGGGUUCCUGCCUACCACACAGACUCAUCCAAUGUCAUUGACCCUACGGGUGGUGGUAACACCUUCUUGGGUGGCCUUGGCGUUGCUUUGGCACGGGGAGAAGGCAUUGAGGACGCUGUGGCUUGGGGUGCCGUUGCUGCGAGCUUCGCAAUCGAACAGGUUGGAGUUCCAACAAUUGGUAGAGAUGCAGAAGGCCGCGAGGCUUGGAACGGGCAUAAUGUCGAGGCUCGCCUACAAGAAUUUCGCGAACGUCUAUGA